AGCAGCAAAGGUGACAUUGUGUUUUUGGUUUUGGAAGUUUCUAAGUAGCUUUUCAGGUUUUGAGAAAUAAUAGAGUUAAUAAUAAUUUUCACAUUUAUUUUUUAUGAACAAUUUUUUUAGACAAUAGAAAACGUCUCCCGUUCCUGCUAUUUCCCCAUUUAAUGAUAGUUUUUUUUUUUAAUAUUAUUGGGGGAAAAUGUGGACUUUUCUAGGAAUAGCAAGCUUCACGUACCUUUAUAAAAAAUCCGACACAAUGUUGAAUUUUGCGCACAAAGACUGGGUGAUGGCUGCAACUUUAUGUUUAACAAUCGCGCUGCUGAUGUGUUAUAUCAGGUAUUUUCAUGUGCAGAAGCUCAGAUUGUCUCAGGUGUUCAGUUUACCUCUGAGUUUUCUAUGUUUUAUACCUGGAAUCAACGGGUUAAUCCCUCAGAGUCGAACAAAGAGUGGAGACAAAACAGAAGAGAACAAGAAAAAGAGCUCCAGGACCAGGAGGAGGGUGGACCUGGACUCCACCGCCCCAGGCAGCAGUGCCCCCCUGGACCCAGAACCAGAUGUGGUCAUAGUCGGGGCCGGGGUCCUGGGCUCAGCCAUGGCCACGGUCUUGGCCCGGGAUGGGAGGAGGGUCACGGUGGUGGAGAGGGACCUGAAGGAGCCGGACCGGAUCGUGGGGGAGCUGCUGCAGCCUGGGGGGUACAGAGCCCUGAAGGAACUGGGUCUGGAAGGUUCAGUGGAAGGUCUGGAUGCUCACAUUGUGAACGGCUACGUGAUCCAUGACAUGGACAGCCAGGCAGAGGUGGAGAUCCCCUACCCCCAGGAGGAUGAGGGCAUCCAGUGUGGGCGGGCCUUCCACCACGGCCGCUUCAUCAUGGGUCUGAGGAGAGCCGCCAUGGCCGAGCCAAAUGUCACAUUCAUAGAAGGCACCGUGACCAGUCUAGAUGAGGAGGAUGGAAGCGUUACUGGAGUUCACUACAAAGACAAAGAAACAGGAGACGUCAAGGAAAUCCGUGCAGCGCUGACGGUGGUGGCUGAUGGAUGUUUCUCAAAGUUCAGGAAGAGUCUCGUCUCUGGAAAAGCUCACAUCUCCUCACACUUCGUCGGGUGCCUUAUGACGGACUGUCCCCAGUUUAAAGCCCACCAUGCAGAGCUGGUCCUGGCCAACCCCAGCCCGGUGCUCAUCUACCAGAUCUCGUCCACUCAGACCAGGGUGUUGGUCGACAUCAGGGGGGAGAUGCCUCGGAACCUGUCAGAGUACAUGUCUGACAAGAUCUACCCACAGCUGCCAGAGCAUUUAAAGGAGCCUUUCCUGGAGGCGCUGCAGAAUGAUCGGCUCAGGUCCAUGCCCGCCAGCUUCCUGCCCCCCUCCCCCGUCAACAAGCCAGGUGUGCUCCUCCUGGGCGACGCUUACAACAUGAGGCAUCCGCUGACGGGAGGGGGGAUGAGUGUGGCGCUCAACGACGUUCGCAUCUGGAGGAGCCUCCUGAGGAACAUCCCAGACCUGUACGACGACGGAGCCAUGCUGCAGGCAAAGAAAAAAUUCCACUGGGAACGCAAGUCAUCACAUUCUUUCGUGGUGAACGUGUUGGCCCAGGCCCUGUACGAGCUGUUUGCAGCCACAGACAAUUCCCUUCAUGAGCUGAGGAAAGCCUGCUUCCAGUACUUCAAGCUGGGGGGAGAAUGCAUUGCUGGACCCAUUGGGCUUCUAUCAGUGUUGUCGCCCAAACCCAUGACCCUCAUCGGACACUUCUUCGCCGUGGCAUUGUACGCCAUCUACUUCAACUUCAAGUCUGAAUCAUGGACCACAAAACCCAGAGCUUUAUUCAAGAGCGGCGCCAUCCUGUACCGAGCCUGCACCGUCAUGUUUCCUCUCAUUUACUCUGAAUUCAAGUACCUGGUGUACUGAGGAGACGCUUUUAUUACAGAUCUGGACCUGCUGCAUCACCUGUGGACGCAGGAAAAAAAAAAAAAAAACAGCUGUAGAGUAAAAACGUAGAUGGAAGCAAAGCAAAACAAAACUUGCAAGAAGUUUAGAUCAGUGAAAAAGGCCCCAGCACCUUAAACAACCUGCCUUAAUGUCCUAAAGCCUUGUUUCCAUGUGGACUUCUGUCAUGGUGCCUUGUUUUGAACACGAGGACAAAUUAUUGGGUCAAAAAGUGAAUUACACUGAACAUCCAGUCAUGUGGAAUUAUUCCUGCCAAAAAAAAAAAAAAAGAUCAUGUUGAACAUAUUUUCUUCCACAGUGUAAUUUGUGUAUUGAUUCUGAGAUAAAGCCACUUUUUUGCUGUGUCUAUUUUCACGCUGAGAUAAUUUGUGCUGUAUUUAAUGAAGAUCCUCCAUAAUGACGUACUUCAGUGCAGAGGUUCAUCAUUGUGACUCUGAAUCUGAGACGGAAGUGCUCGAAGCUGUUAUCUUUAUGUCAAACAAAUCACUUUAAUAGUAACUGUCAGUCUGAUUUUGCUGAGCAAAUUGUCGGCAGUUCUUUAUUUGUUCGAGUCAAACAAGUUCUUGGCUUAAAGGAUCAUUUCCUUCCCUUCUAAUCGUGCUGCUUGUUACUUCUUACUGAGAUAAGGGACUUUUAUAUAACAUUUUACUUUCUUCAGCCACAGUGGAACAUGCUGACAGUGCAGCCC